AUGGAUUUAUUCAAAUUCUACACAUACAAAGUUCCCCGAGGAGAAGUCGAGGCUGCUCUAACUGCCCUCCCAUACGUCGCAGAGGGGUAUAUCCUGCCAGUCGCAGAUCCACAGUGCGACACGCGAACAGCUGCGCUUGUACGAUUCCACGCCAGCAAUAACUGCCUGGAUAAUAAGAAAAUAGAUUUGCAUACUCUUCGAUGCGACCUAGCCAUGAACUCACGCAUCCCGGCGUACCAAUUACCCACUGUGCUGAGGAUUUUGAAGGAGCACGAAUCUGUUCCCCGGACAUGGUCGGAUAAGACUGCUAUGGCGAAGGCGGUUCAGGCAUUUUUCCCGCAAGAUAGCGAGGACCAGAUUUGUGGGGAGGAGACAGAGGUUAUGGAUGUUAGUGGUUUCAUGAAGAUGAAAACUACGAAGUUGUGGGAGUUGUCGGGGAUGCGGUAG